AUGGACCCCCGCCUGCGGGCCGCUGCGCUCUGCGGGACGGCGCUGGCGGUGGCGGGCGGCACGGUCGCGGUGUUCCGGGCCUGGGCCCGCCGGCGGAGCGCGGUCUCGCUGUCCGCACGCUCUGCAGCCGCCGCUGCCGCCGCCGAUCAGGGUAAAGGACACGGUAAGCAGAUCCUGGUGCUGGGCCUGGAUGGGGCUGGGAAGACGAGCAUUCUCCACUCCCUGGCAACUAACCACGUCAAGCGCAGCAUGGCUCCCACCGAGGGCUUCAAUGCCAUCUGCAUCAACACCGAAGAGUCCCAGAUGGAGUUUCUGGAGAGGGUGUGCUUUGCCUGUCUGAGCCCAGAGAAACACACAGUGUCUCUUCUCCUGCCUGGGGAUGGUCUGGGCCCAGCACUACACACACCACAGCAGAACCUGUUGUUUCUGAGUCGUCCUUCCCUCUCUGGUCCAGUCGGGGGCAGUGAAUCUCUGCGCUCAUACUGGAACAUGUACUUGCCCAAAGUGCUGUUGCUGGUCUAUGUCGUGGACUCGGCCGAUCAUGCCCGACUGCCUGUGGCGAAACAGCUGCUUCAUCAGCUAAUCCAGAACAACUCCACCCUGCCUGUGGUAGUUCUGGCCAACAAGCAGGACCUCGAAGGUGCAUAUUGCAUCACUGAUAUUCACGAUGCUCUGGCUCUGUCUGAUAUUGGGGACGAGAGGAAGAUGUUCUUGAUUGGUACCCAUGUGGCAGAAGAUGGCUCUGAGAUCUCCUCCAGCAUGCAGGAUGCCAAGGAGCUGAUAGGGCAGCUGGUUUUGGAAGCACAGUGACGGCUCUUUUCUUAAAAUAAACAGGUGUUUGCUGCUGAGGGAGAGCACAUGUUAGUAUAUGGUCAGUUUGCAGUGUGGCAGCUGAAAUUAGCAGAUAUGCUUUCCUGGUGGGUGUGGAAUUCCUCUGAAAGUGGUAUCUAGUUGGUAAGAAAAUCUUAAUUUAUAGUGGUUUGAAAAUACGUUUGAGAAGUAGUCUAUUUUUAGCAUUUUUGUAGGAGAAAAAUAGUCUGUCUCUUAGGCAGCAGAUUUAAGGGAAAAUAUAGCUUAGAUGGGCUAGAUAACUUCACGUCAGUUGGGAAUCAAGCACUGAUUUCCGUGGAAGAAAGUUGCAUCCAGUGAAUUUAACAUGGCUUGAUGUCUCAGGUUAAAGUGAAAUAUGUUUACUUCACAGGUUUUACAGAACACUUUUAACAGUGGUGUUCUGUUAAAAGUGAGACCUCACUUCUUGACAGUGUCAGAAAUUUAAAGUGCUGCAACUAGUGUUUUUGACAGUGACAGUUCUUGUUGUGUUCGUCCCAGUUGUUAUGGGAGUAGCAAAUUGGUAAUCUCUGGAAAUUGAGUUGGUUACUCCUUCUUUAGUGGGUAAGAACAAGAAAAUUAAAGCAGUAAUAUAUUGUUUCUUUGCCUACAGGCAAAAAACCAAAAUGGUGUAAUUUGAGGUAGUGACUGGAUGCUUUUAAGUUAAAUUGGCAGCAAAGGUGGGAGACUUGUCCAUCAGGUUGAGCAGCUUAUUUAAGCUUAGUCCAAGAUGUCCUCAAGCAAGUAGUCUUAUUUGUGAAAACCCUGUUGUUUCUUGGUUUCUGUUAGCACAGCAGGUGAGGGAGGUGACAAGCUGCUCAGGAGUGUCACUUUCCCAGUGUUAUACUCAAAGGACAUGACCCAGGAGCAGUCCUGUAAAGGACCUGUUUUGCACACGCAUCUAUUGUACGAGGCUUUUACGGUUUUGUCCUUUGUAACAGAUGCAUAAAGCAGAAAAUUCCAC